UUCGCCUCUCUCUCUCUCUCUCUUCUUCACCUCCCAUUUUUAGGGCCCUCCCAUUUUCAUCUUCUUCAUCGUCCGACGAAGCUGACAAAACCCCCUAAGCUCCCCCCACAUUUUCAAGUUGAUACAAUGCCUGAGUCAAGAGACAGGUUAUCGAGGCCGGAUGACGUUAGGGCGGCGUUCGCCCGUCGAAGGCAAUCGAUUGGCGGCAUAUCUAUCCUACUUGAUGAGGAACAAGAAGUGGGUGCGACAGGAACGACUCCGUUCCGGUGGGGAGCGACGGCGAUGACGGGCACGCGCGGACCGACGGGAGCGGCUGCUACGAGGGGCGGCAGCGGCGGUGUCGGGAGGGGUAUUUUGGGAACGCCAAGAAGCAAUAACAGAAAUAGGCUCGGCCGGAAUCUGCACAGGUCGCCGGUGGUUGGUCGGGAAAAUAUGGGGUCGAGGAGUUUCCGGCGAGGCCGAGGGCGUUCCACGAAUAGUGUGUUACCUUCUUGGUACCCUAGAACGCCUCUUCGUGACAUUACUGCUGUCGUGCGGGCCAUUGAAAGAAGAAGAGCUAGCUUGAGGGAAAGCGAAGGCCCACAAAUUGAUAGUCCAAUACCCCAGGACCAGAAUGUUCUUGUUCCUUCUGAACCUGCAUCAGGUGCUCAACUUGAGCACGAUCUUUCUAUGAUCACUCCAAAUCCUACAGUUGGAAUAAAGAAGGCUUAUCCGCCAUCUGUUGGAAAAGUGCCAAAGAUAUUGCUCAAUAUCACCAACCAGAAAGCUGGAGAACCAGAUUGCCUCACGCCCCAGAAGAAGCUUCUGAAUUCAAUCGACACGGUUGAGAAAGAGGUGAUGGAAGAAUUGCGGAAGCUGAAAGGCACUCCCAGUGCUAAGAAAGCGGAAAGGCAGAAUAGAGUACGUACUCUGAUGUCAAUGCGUUGAUUGAACAAUCUCUUGUGCUGGUCCUUUGUUCGCUCGAACAAUGGAAGACUGAGGAUUUUAGGAGAAAAGGAGGAGACACCUGACCUGUGUGGUAAGAUUGAUCAUCUUCUGAUGAUUUUUCGGGCUAUCUAAUUUGAACUAGUAUAUAACUCUAUAUACUCUAUAUAACCGCUAGCUGAAGGUCUUAGUUAGGAUCAGUAGGCAAUUUUGCUUGUAAUAUCUUCUACUGAAGAUUGUGUAGGGUAGAAGCAUGUCGGUUUCUUCGUGUGUACGACUAGUAGGCAUUGGUUUGGGCUGAUGUAGAUAAAAUGCCGUGUCUGUUUCAUCACUUCUGCUUCUUCUUUGGGCAAUGUAAGAUUACUACUACUGAAUAGUACUAAUAAGUACCCAUUUAAAUGAAAGCAUUCUAUAUUACCGUAUUA